UGCAUAAAAUGGAACGUUACAACCAUUCGUUCGCUUGCACUGAAAAAUGCGAAUUGCUUUUUUGAGUAAAAGUUUUAGGCUUUUUAUUGUUUUAUUAGUGAUAAAUUUAAUGAAGUGUUGUUAGUUAUUGGUGCAGCAAAGAAGCUAACAGGUUUCGGAAGUGCAUGUCGCAUUUAGACGGCUGUCCUUCUUUUUGUAGUGUGCAUAAAUCUUUCAAUUCAUCCCGGGGGUUCGUUACGAAAUUUGCAAAAUGACUUCAGCCCUGUAUUUGGAGCAUUAUCUGGACAGUCUUCAACACCUGCCGAUAGAGUUGCAGCGGAACUUCAAACUGAUGAGGGAUCUUGAUGAUCGGGCGCACGGGUUAAUGAGGACAAUUGACCUUAUGGCCGAUGAGUUGUUGCCUAAUAUCCCGAAAAUGGACGAAGAGACGAAAAAGGAGAAGGUAAAUACCAUUCAGGGACUAUUCAAUAAAGCUAAAGAAUAUGGAGAUGACAAGGUGCAGCUUGCCAUACAAACUUACGAGUUGGUAGACAAACACAUACGUCGCCUUGACUCAGACCUUGCUCGUUUUGAAUCUGAAAUUCAAGAAAAGGCCUUGAAUUCCACUCGCACCGGCCAACAAUCCACUACUGACCAGGAAAAUAAUGCUACGACUGUUAAAAAAGGUAGGAAGAAACAUAAAGCCAAUGAGAAAGCUGCUGCCAGUACAGGAAAGAAAAAGCGAGCGAUUGCGUCUAGUGAAGAUGACGCUGCAAAUGGCAGGUCGGCUGCGAAGAAGAAGGCUUCGCGUAAAAGCGCUGCUGCAACUGCCAUUGCAACUAAAGAAGAGGAAGAGAAUGCGGAUUUGGAUUCCGUUGGUAUGGCACACCCUAGUGAUGUCCUGGACAUGCCAGUUGAUCCAAACGAACCAACUUACUGCCUCUGCCAUCAAGUGUCUUAUGGAGAGAUGAUUGGCUGUGACAAUCCUGACUGUCCAAUUGAGUGGUUCCACUUUGCUUGUGUGGAUCUGAAGAUCAAGCCUAAAGGCAAGUGGUACUGCCCUAAGUGUACACAAGAUCGGAAAAAGAAAUGAUCCACAGUCAAACCUAGUGUUAAGACAACAGAAAAGACUGUGACGGUUAAGAAAGAAGUAAAGUGACUGUCUAUUACUUUAAGCUGAAAUGUUUUAGUCAUAAUUACAAAUAUGAUUUAGGCUAUGUCCCAAUUAAAGAUAUAUUUUCUUUAUCGGAAGGUCUUAUCCACAUAAUGACUAUGUGUUAACUACCUUCUUGUAAGAAGUCUUUGUAAAUGUAUAUAAAAUUAGAUCAUAAUAUAUGAAAUAUAUGGAUUUUUAAUUUAAUAUGAACGAAUAUUCUUUAUAUUGAAAGUAAUAGUCAAUUAAUGGUAUUAAUUUGCAUUUCUUUUGAUCUAGAAAUAUAGAUAUUUAGUGAAAGGCUCUGAUACCAUUGUGUAUUAAUGAUUUCCUAAAACAUAGACAUAUUAUGGAUCUUAGUUGGGACUUGGGAUCUCCAUUUAAAGAAAUAAAAAUGAAUUAUGUUCACAAUUGCCUAAAUCUUUAUGGUGAAUUAUUUAUUUCUGUUGUCUGUCUUUGUGUGACUUUCAUUGUCUUAAUUGAUAUCAACAAUUAUUUUAAUUAUUUAAAAAUAAAUAUAAGGAAAUAAUGUCGACAGUUUUAUGUAAUAUAUUUAUAUUUAUGAGAUAGCGUUUUAUUGUGUAGCAAUGAUAGUUAAAACCAUAAGACUGUACAGUGCUUAACAUAAGACUUCCAUUACAACAAUUGUAGAAAGAACUGACUGAUUCCCUUCGUCUGAAUGUGUUGUCCUAGAAUAAAUAACAUUUUAAUUAACUUCAUCUGUUAGUUUUAAUUAUAAUAAUACAAUGUUACAAAAUUACUUGAAAGUUGAGAAAAAGUACAUUCAGGCCUGUUUCACCAAAUGCUGAUAGGUUUCUGAUAGUUUAUUUUAAAGGAUACAUUCUGGAUAAGCUAUACAACACUUAUCAGCAAUUGUAAAAAAAUAUUUUAGUGGGUAGGUACCUAUACUAAUUCUGUUACAUGUAUUACACAGACGGCCCUCUAGAGAAAACAACUUACUAUGUGAAUGCUCAACAAGAGUGAUGUCCAUUAGGGAAUCUUCCAGUCAUUUUAGAAUUUAUAAUUUUUUAGAUUUUAUAAAUGUAUAACAACAUAGAAAUGAAAGUUGUAAGGAUUUUGUAAUUUUAAUAACUGCACAUUUAUGAUACACCACUGGUGAAAUAAGCAACAGUUAUGCUGAUUUCAGGGGGAGAUUUUGAUUAUAAAAUAUAGUACAGUCAGUGGUAACAUAAGUAACCACUUGUCCUAAUAAGUCUAUAUACAUUAUGUUAGUGCACUGACAGUGCAUAAUAUAAUGUGUAUGGUACUUAACUCUUACUGAUAAGCUACAAAGAGCCCCGAGAUCAACGUAGCUGUGGCGACAGAUUUAUUAUUAUAAUAAUAUUAUUUUGUUAUUGUCUUCGCGUUUAAUAAAUUGAUUGAAAAUA